AUGGCACAAGAAUCGGAGAAGAGAUUUCACCAGAUUAUGGAUAAUCUCUUUACCCCAUCGAAAUCUCAGCCUCCUUCUUCCUCCUCCACUAGUUUAACUGUAGAGCAACAAUCAAGAGGGAAGAAGCGUCCAAAUCCUUGUUCUGUGUUAGCUUUGGUUGAGCCAAAGACUGGAUUAGCUUCCAUUGAUAGGUCUUCUUCAGGUCUUUGUAGGCCAUGGGAUAGAGGUGACCUUAUGAGAAGGCUAGCUACUUUCAAGUCCAUGACUUGGUUUGCCAAACCUCAGGUUAUUAGUGCUGUGAAUUGCGCGAGGAGAGGGUGGGUGAAUAGUGAUACAGAUACUAUAGCUUGUGAAUCUUGUGGAGCUCAUCUUUACUUUUCUGCACCAUCUUCUUGGUCAAAGCAACAAGUGGAGAAAGGGGCGUCAGUUUUAAGCUUAAAGUUGGAUAAUGGACAUAAAUUGCUUUGUCCGUGGAUAGAUAAUUCAUGCGAAGAAACUCUUUCUCAGUUUCCUUCAAUGACACCGCAGGAUUUAGUCGAUAGGCAUGAAGAACGGUCAGAAGCUUUACUUCAACUUUCAUCUUUGCCUAUUAUUUCACCAUCAGCUAUUGAGUACAUGAGGAGCUCUGAUCUGGAGGAGUUUCUUAAUCGACCUAUUGCACCUGCAUGUGGCGACACAUCAGCCGAACUUUCUCAAUCACAGUCCCUUAUCAACCAUGUUGGAGCAAGUCCGGCUCAACUUUUCUACCAGGCACAAAAACUUAUCAGUUUAUGUGGCUGGGAACCGCGAGCACUUCCUUAUAUUGUAGAUUGCAAAGAUAAAUCGGGUGAGAGUGCUAGGGGUACAGAUAUUAUUGAUUUACUGCCAGAAACUGCUACGCGCGAGCUUCUAAACCUCUCCAAUUCAACCCCGGAUCCAAAUGAUAUAUCAGGGAAUAGUGAAAACCCAACACUUUCAGACACAUUAAACUCUGAUCCAAGUUCUGUCGUACUGGACUGCAAGCUGUGUGGAGCCUGUGUUGGGCUCUGGGUUUUCUCAACUGUCCCGCGACCACUAGAAUUGUGUAGAGUCACUGGUGAUACAGAAGUUAAUACAGAGAAAAAUCUCAGGGGUGGUACUCUUCAAACUCAAACUUCAAGCUUAAAGUUUACCAUAGCAGGAGGACCCCCAGCAACAAAGCAAAACUUCAAAGCAACAAUAUCGUUGCCUAUUAUCGGCAGGAACUUGAGGUCUAGGUUUGCUUCUUACUCUAGAGAUCAUGAUCAUGAGACAGUCAGUUCUAUACAGGAUCAACAAUGUGAAAUUGCAGAGAACAAUGGCAGUGUUACAGAAACUAGCCAUCAAGCAAUGGUUGUUAUAGGAGAGAAGGUUAAUGGAGGAAGUAACACAUCUGAUAUAGACAGUGAUACUACACCACAAACCAAAGACAAACAAGUGAUGGUCGUAAGAUCAAAUCUUCCCGAAAACAACAAAAGGAAGGACUCAUCUGCAGGGACGUCAAACAAACAAAUGGAAUUUGAUCCAAUCAAGCAACAUAGACAUUUCUGUCCUUGGAUCUGGUCAACGGGUAAAAGAAGCCCAGGAUGGCGACAGACUCUGUCUGCAUUACAACGCCAUAAAGGAUCUUGUCAAACUCCACCAUCACCCUCUUCCCUCUUCAAGGUAGACGAUCCUUUAACAUCUGUACGGAACCUCUUUAAGUCGCCAUCUCCGAAAAAACAAAAACUGAACAGAGGAUCUUCAAGCUGA